CAAAUCAUGAAUCAAUUGGGUUCAAUCUAUACUAAACACAUAUCCGGACGUAGACUUUCUAUCUUGAACAGUUGGGUGAAAGAAAAGAGAUUGGAUCAGCUAGAAUUUGCUCGGCAGAAACAGAUAUAUUGCUAUUUCACAGCUGCUGCUAUGAUAUUCUCCCCUGAAAGUUUUGAUGCUCGCAUGUCUUGGGCCAAAAAUACCAUGCUAACCGUCGCCAUCGAUGACUUUUUUGACAAUGGAGGAUCUAGAGAAGAACUAGUAAAUUUUAUAUCAUUGGUUGAGAAGUGGGAUAGAAAUCAUGAAAAACAAUUUUGCUCUGAACGAGUCCACAUUUUAUAUUCGGCUCUCUACAGUACAAUUAACGAAAUCGGAGCCAAAACAUCUGCAUUGCAAAAGCGUUGUGUGACCGACCAUAUUGUUGAGACAUGGCUUACAUUGGUGAAAGCAAUGAUGAAAGAGUCAGAGUGGGCAAGGACCAAUACAGUGCCCACAAUGGAUGAAUAUAUGGCAAAUGGGUACAUAUCAUUUGCUUUAGAACCCACGAUUUUUCCGACACUCUUUUUUGUUGGACAGGAGGUUUCAGUUGAUGCCAUUGGUGGUCCAGAGUAUCAUAAUCUAAACAAACUAGUCGGCAUCAUCGGGCGUCUCAUUAAUGACAUGCAAAGUUUUGAGAGGGAAGGCAAAGAAGGGAAGUUGAAUAGUGUGACGCUUCCUAUUGUUCAUAGUCGCGGUUCCACUUCCAAAGAAGAGGCUAUUAGGGAGAUUCAAAGCAUAAUUGACUCUAGCAGAGCAGAACUGCUGAGACUAGUGUUGCAGAAUGAGGGAAGUGUCGUUCCAAGAGCUUGCAAGGACCUAUUUUGGAAGACGAGCAGAACGCUGCACCUCUUUUAUAUGAAAAAUGAUGGAUUCACAUCACCAACGGAAAUGGUUAGUGCAGUGAAUGCAGUGAUUUAUGAACCGCUUAAAGUUGGUCACAAGUUUUCAGAGGUUAAUUGAUAAAAAGAUUUAUUUGCCUGUAUUCUAAAAUGAAAAGGUACAUGAACUUUUAUAUUGUUAUUGAUCUUCAACAAGACGUGGUGUCAUGAUAUGAAUGGUUUAUUAUGGCCUGAAGCUGGAUGAUCUGAGCUUGAAUAUUAAAUAAGCUGCAGUCCACAAGUUAUAAGUAUGCAUUACAUCUUAUACUUUUUUGAGUAUUUGUAAGGACCAUGUGGGCAUAUGUUUAGUUCCACAUCGGUUAUUCACUGAGUACAAUAAAGUGAAGUUGUACAAUA